GAGCCGAAUGGUGAACAAACAGCUUCCAGCAGUCAGUCAACAUAUCAGUCCAAUGCUGAAACAGCAUGAAAAGAGCCUGGGAGGAAAUCAAACAGCUCUGAGGCAGAGACCACAGUAUAUAUACCUGAGCAGGUGUCAUGUUAAGUUGUAUUGAGUUCUCGCUGCAGACAUGAUGACUUCAAAGAUCGCCCUGACUGUUGCCCUGGCAGCUGGAUUGCUCCUGCUUUCUGUUACUGAUGCUCGACCUGCCGACAGCACUGAUGCCGAAAGUACUGGAGCACAAGAGGAUGCGGGAAUGUCCAUCGACGGGUUGUUCCAGGGGCUGAAGCAGUUUUUGAAUGAAACCUUGACUUUUCCUAAGAUCGACUCGGAUGAACUGCAGGCCAAUGAGAACAAAGUAAAGGCUGACAUCAAAGAGUCGGAUGACGUCAUAAUGGAAAUGGAAGCUGAGAGCGAGAAGGAAAUGAAGGCUUAUGAAAAAAUAUUGGAUGAGGCCGAAACCGCAUUCGUGGAUCAGCUCAAGAGCACUACAGAGCCUGACUUCAAAACAAUCGAAGAGAUUGAAGGCAAAAUGAUUGAUGAGAUCGGGAACGAAAUUAAGAGUGAAGAAAAAAUCGAGGAGGAGGUCUAUAACUACAAGAAGCCUGAGAUCGAGAGCGAAGAGAAUGCUCUGAGCGAAAUUUUGGAUGACGACGAGAGCGAAAUGGAGGCUGAGGCUAAGAGCGAAAUGGAGGCUGAGAGCAAAAUAGAGGCUGAGAUCGAGAGCGAAAUGGAGGCUGAGAACAAAGAAGAAGAAGCAGUAUCAAAUUAA